AUGUCAAAUCCCGAGAAGUACACGGUCGGCUGGAUUUGUGCCGUCACUACCGAGUUUGUCGCCGCGCGAGCCUUAGUUGACGAGAAACACGACCAACUUGAAAGCAUCGCCCAUCAGGACAACAAUAACUAUGCUUUGGGAAGAAUUGGGAAGCAUAAUGUUGUCAUAGCUGUCUUGCCUAAGUCCGAAUACGGCACGACUAGCGCUGCGACUGUGGCAAGAGAUAUGCUGCGCAGCUUUCCCAAUGUUCGUUUCGGACUGAUGGUCGGCAUCGGCGGUGGUGCCCCGAGUGUGAGGCACGAUAUUCGACUGGGCGAUGUCGUAGUGAGCACGCGUGGAGACGGGAGAGGCGGCGUCUUCCAGUACGACUACGGUAAGGCGAUCCAGGACCAUAGUUUUGUGGCUACGGGGUCCUUGAAUCAGCCCCCACAGUUGCUCUUGACUGCAGUAAGCGCACUUGAGGCCGAGUAUGAGUUGGAAGGGCACCAGCUCAGCGAGCAGGUCGGCAAGGCACUAGAACAGCGGCCACACCUACGAAAGAAAUACUCUCGACCUCCUCCUCAUAGCGACAAACUCUACCGAUCUGAUGUUGUGCAUCCGCACCCUUCGAAUGGAUGUGCUGAGGUGUGCGGUAACGAUUCCGCUGACCUGGUAGAUCGAAUCAAACGGAGCAAGCAAGAUGAUGAACCUAUCAUCCAUUAUGGGUUGGUCGCCAGCGCAAAUCAGUUGAUGAAGGACGCACUUGCUCGGGACUCAUUGGCGGCCAACAAGGAUGUCCUUUGUUUUGAGAUGGAAGCGGCCGGUUUAAUGAACCACUUCCCGUGUGUAGUAAUUCGUGGGAUAUGCGACUAUUCUGAUUCGCAUAAGAGUAAAGAAUGGCAAGGCUUUGCGGCAAUGGUGGCGGCCGCAUAUGCGAAAGAUCUCCUAUGUCAGAUUCCACCCAGUAAGAUCGAGACCGAGACGCCUAUCAGGCAAGUCCUCACUUCUAUUGAAAUCACGGGAAACGUUACCAAAGACACGGUGAUAAGCAUGGCAUCUGAUCAUCAUGUUGCUAAAAUCGAGCGCUGGCUAUCACCACCAGAUUACUCAACGAAUGCUAAUCUGGCGAGAAAACAGCGCCAUCCCGGCACCGGAACUUGGCUACUCAACAAUCCCGCCUUUCAUGAGUGGGAAUUUGGGUUACGCCAACAUUUGUGGCUCUACGGCUUGGUGGGAUGCGGGAAGUCGGUUUUGAGUACGACCAUUCUUGAUCAUCUCCUGUCAAAUAGCACUCGCACCACGCUUGCAUUCUUCUUCGAUUUCAACGAUCCUGGGAAGCAGAGAUUAGAGAACCUUUUGCGCUCGCUAGCAGCUCAGCUCUAUCGUACUAGUAACCAAGCUGCAAAAAGACUUGACAAUCUUUUUGCUUCCCAUGAUGAUGGACGGAAGCAACCGGACACGACUGCUUUAACAGCAUGUAUUCAUACUAUGAUAGAGUUGACUGGACAAGUUUCCGUCAUCAUCGACGCUCUGGAUGAGUGUACUGAAAGGAAAGAACUUAUGCAAUGGCUGAAACGCUCAAUGUCCAACAAAGCCCAGCUUAUUGUUACUGGCCGGCCUGAAGCAGAAUUCGAACGCGAGAUCCCUCGAUUGUUCGAUGAGCAGAAUUGUGUCUUGCUUGACAAAGAAGCUGUAAAUGCUGAUAUACGUUCUUAUGUCGAGGCAGCGCUUAAGCAGAGGCCCGAUUUUGUGGAUAAGAAUCUAUCUCCGAGUAUUCUAGAGAUGGUGCGUGACAAGAUCGGAAACGGAGCCGACGGAAUGUUCAGAUGGGCAGCUUGCCAACUUGAUAGUCUUGCUCAAUGCUUGAGCCCAAGAGACAUCAAGACAGCUCUUGGAUCCUUACCCCAUGACUUGAAUGAAACAUAUCGCCGCAUGCUCGCAAACAUACCGCCAAAACAUAAGUCCAGCGCAAUUCGUCUCUUGCAAUUUCUUGUCCACACCAAGCGGCCUCUGAAGGUGAUGGAAGCCAUCGAAGUGAUAGCUACGCAGAUCGAUCAGGAACCCCGAGGCUUCAAUGUUGACGGCAGACUGUGUCAAGAACGCGAUGUACUACGAUACUGCCCCAGCUUAGUGGUUAUCGCUAAAGUAAGGACACAUGAUCGGGUUGUCGACGAACUUCAUCUUGCCCACUUCUCUGUUAAAGAAUAUCUUCUUGAGCAAGUCCAAUUCGACCUGCAAAGCGCUAGCGCUGUCCUCACUCAAACAUGCUUGGCUUAUCUUACCGAUAUCCAGAGCGAGCAUGGCACAGUCCAACGUGAUUUUCCGAUGGCACAAUAUGCGGCAAAAUUCUGGAUGGACUAUGCUAUUUUGGUAGACACUUCGGAAGAAAUAACCAGACGAAUUGUGAGCUUCUUAAAAGACUCGAUAACCUUUCGACGAUGGGGAUGUUUGUAUCAGGCCGACUAUUCAUGGGACGAUGACCCUGGGCCUCCAAGAGCACCUGCGCUUUAUUAUACAUGUCUGGGAGGACUCAGAAGAGUGGUAGAAUAUUUGGUAGACGAAGGGGCGGAUGUGAACGCUGAGGGCGGCAAGUACGGCAAUGCUUUGCAGGCCGCCUCAUUUCGGGGUCAUCUAGCAGUUGUGCAAGUUCUGUUAGACAAAGGAGCAUAUGUCAAUAUCGGGGGCGGCGAGUAUGGCAACGCCCUUCAAGCUGCCUCAUUUUGGGGCUACCAAAAGAUUGUGCGACUGCUUCUAGCAAAAGGCGCAGACGUCAACGUGCACGGCGGCGAGUAUAGUAAUGCUCUACAAGCUGCCUCAUUUCGUGGCUAUCAAGACAUUGUGCGACUGCUUCUAGAAAAAGGCGCAGACGUCAACGCGGAAGGUGGUUGCCGUAGCGAUUUUCAACAGGUUUCCUCGUUCAACGGCCAGAUAUUCGGGGGAUCGCUCUGCAAUCAAGGAGCAUUUUUCAAUCUGCCAGGAGACUUUUGUGAUAAUGCUUUACAAACUUCUUCAUCUAACGGUCAUCGAGAGAUAGUGCGAAUGCUUCUGGAUGAAGGGGUUGAUGCUAAUGCAGAGGGCGGCAAACACGGCAAUGCUUUACAGGCUGCCUCAUUCCGCGGCCACGGAGAGAUUGUGCGAAUACUUCUGGAUAAAGGUGCAGAUAUCAACAAGCAGAGUGGCAAGUAUAGCAAUGCUCUACAUGCUGCAUCGUCCGGGGGCCAUCAAGAGAUCAUGGGAAUGCUUCUGGAUGAAAUGGCGGAAGCCAACAUCAAGGGCACCCAAGACGCUCUAGAGGUUGCCUCAUCCAAGGGCCAUCAAGAGAUUGUGCGGAUGCUUUUGGAUACAGAGGCGAAAGUCAACGCGCAGGGUGGCAAGUAUAUCAAUGCUCUUCGAGCUGCCUCAUGUAAAGGCCAUAUAGAGGUUAUGCGACUGCUUCUAGAUAAAGGAGCAGAUGUCAAUGCGCAGGACAGUUUUUAUGGUAAUGCUUUACAAGCGGCCUCACAUAAGGGUCAUAUAGAGGUUGUACGACUGCUACUGGAUCAAGGAGCAGAAACCAAUGUGCAGGGCGGUUUCUAUGGCAAUGCCUUACAAGCCGCCGUAGCUGGGGGUCACGCAGAUAUUCUACGGAUGCUUCUAGAUAAAGGAGCAGACAUCAACGCGCAGGACGGCAUACACGGCAAUGCUCUAUAUACUGCCUCAUGUAAAGGCUAUAUAGAGGUUGUGCAACUGCUGCUUGAUGAAGGAGCAGAGGUCAAUACGCAGGGCGGUUUCUAUGGCAAUGCUUUAUGUGCUGCAUUAAACGAAAGCCAUCUGGAAGUUGUGCGAUUAUUGCUCGAUAAAGGGGCAGAUGCUAACGCAGAGGGUGGCUUACUUGGCAAUGCCCUAUCUACUGCCUCUGGCAAGGGUCAUCGGGAAGUUGUGCAACUAUUGCUAGAUAAAGGGGCAUAUAUCAACGCAGAGGAUGGCUUACUUGGCAAUGCUCUACAUGCUGCCUCAGAUAAAGGUCAUCUAGAGGUCGUACGGCUGCUACUCGAGAAUGGAGCAGACGUUAACACCAAGGGUAGGAAGUAUAUCAAUGCGCUAUAUACUGCCUCUUUCCAGGGUCAUCCGGAAGUUGUGCGACUAUUACUAGAGAAAGGGGCAGAUAUUAAUGCGCUGGGUGGCUUUUAUGGCAAUGCUUUGCAUAUUGCCUCUUUUCGAGGUCAUCUAGAGGUUAUAGUAUUGCUCCUUGACAAAGGAGCAGAUGUUAACACGCAGGGCGGCGAAUAUGGCAAUGCUCUACAAGCUGCCUCGGAUGAGGGCCAUCUAGAGGCGAUACGGCUGCUACUCGAGAACGGAGCGAACAUCGACGCAGAAGGUGGCUGUCAUGGCAGUGCUCUACAGGCUGCCUCGUUUUGGGGCUACCAGGAAAUCGUGCGAGUUCUGUUAGAUAAAGGGGCAGAUAGUAACGUGGGGGGUGGCAAGCACGGCAGUGCCCUACAGGCUGCCCUAAAUAGGGGUCACCCGGAGAUCGUGCAAAUGCUUCUGGAUGAAGGGGCGGACGUUAACGCGCAGACUGGGCUGCAUGACAAUAUUGUACAAGCCGUGUCGACGAGAGGACAUGAGAAGGACGGUCAAAUGCUGCUGGACAGAAGCGUCGACGUCAGUAUUCAAGGUAAAACCCCGAAGCCCUGCAACUAUUCAAUCGAAACGACGCUAACAUGA